GUGCGUCGGUGCAGUCAGUGCGCUGUAACCAUGGGGAAACUGCUCAAAGUCACGCUCAUUGGCAUCCUGCUGGCCUUUAUAGGGGAGAGGAUCGUGCAGUUUUGCCAUCGAGCAAACGCCUUUAGAAAAGUAGAUCCAGUAGAUCUUCUUCCAAAUUGCCAGCUUUUAAAAGGAAUUGAAUUUGGAUCUGAAGAUAUUGAAAUCCUUCCAAAUGGGCUGGCAUUUAUUAGCUCUGGUUUGAAAUAUCCUGGCGUCAUGAACUUUCAGCCUGACAAACCAGGAGAAAUCUUUCUGUUGGAUCUGAAUGAUGAAAAGCUACGGCCGGUCCCUUUGCGUCUCAGUAGAGGAUUUGACUUUUCUACGUUUAACCCUCAUGGAAUGAGCACCUACAUAGAUCCAAAAGAUGACACUGUUUAUCUUUUUGUGGUGAAUCACCCUCUCUAUAAAACCACUAUUGAGCUGUUUAAAUUUGAAGAAGAGGAAAAUGUUCUUUUGCACUUGAAAACAAUUAAACAUGACUUACUGUGGAGCGCAAACGAUAUUGUUGCUGUUGGACCAGAAAGCUUUUACACCACCAACGAUUUAUACUUCACAGACUUCACCAUGAGACAGCUGGAGAUAUUUUUGGGCAUUGCUUGGUCAAACGUCAUCUAUUACAGUCCAACUGAGGUGAAACAGGUUUCGUCUGGAUAUUAUUACGCCAAUGGAAUAGCAAUGUCAACAGAUAACAAGUAUAUCUAUGUUGCUGAUAUCAUGGGCCACACAAUUGACCUCCUGGAAAAACAAGCAGAUUGGUCACUAACUCCAGUAAAGGUCCUGAAAUUAGAUACGCUUCUGGACAACCUGUUUGUAGACCCAAAUACAGGAGAUCUUUGGACUGGAGCCCACCCAAAUGGAUGGAAGUUGUUUUCUUAUAAUUCUGACGAUCUUCCUGGAUCUGAGGUUAUCCGUGUGCAGAACAUUCAUUCGGAUAAUCCUAUAGUGACCCAAGUCUAUGUCAACAAUGGUUCUGUGAUCCAGGCCUCAUCCUCUGCUGCUGUCUACGAGGGGAAACUACUGAUCGGCACAGUCUUCCACAAAGCUUUGUGCUGUGAGCUCAGUUAGUUGCGCCCAGGCUCCUGAUUCUUGCCGACUGGAGGAGCAGCAGUGCAAGCAACUAAAUAAUCCAGUGGAUUGUUAUCUGUGAAAAUACCUUGAUUCGACUUGUGUAAAGUUUGUAACAAGGCAGAAUAACCGCUGUACAAGACUUCCUAUCGGAUGCAUUACCUGGGAAAUUUAAAUAAUGUGGGUUAAGGUUGAUAAAUGAAACAGACUUUAGAACUUUAAUAUUUUGUACAUCAUCCAAAUCCGUAUGCAAAAGCAAAUAAAACUGUUUUUAUUACUUGAUCCUUAA